AUGGAAUUCCAUUUUCAUUCACCAUACUCUGAGCAUAUUCUUAACUAUAACACAGAUGAUAACUGCACAAUAGAAAACCAAGGUGUGCAGUACACAGUAAGCAUGCCAUAUGCAGUAAUGGCAUUUUUCAAAAUUUAUGAUUCUUAUCAAAUGGAAAAGACAUGCCGAUCAUUCGAAAUUAAUUGCAAUCUGGAAACAGAUGAAACUAAGCUAUUACUUGAAUCAUUGCUUACAAAAGGAUCAAUAUUUGUUAAAGAUGUCACUCUCGAACUCCUUUCAUCUAUCACUAAUAUUGCAGUUGAACUUAAUUUUCCAAUGUUAAAAGAUUACCAAAGAAAAUUAUCAAGCAAUAUUUGA